ACAGCACGGCGUGCCAUGGCCACCAGCCUGCUCCGCGUGUGCCCUCCGGGGGAGCUGCUGCGGCCCCUGGCCGUGCCGGAGCGGCUGCUGCUCGGGCCGGGCCCCAGCAACGUGCCCCGCCGCAUCCGGGCUGCGGGGGCACUCCAGCUCCUGGGCCACAUGCACCCCGAGGUGCUGCAGGUGAUGGAUGAGAUCAAGGCAGGCAUCCAGUACGCCUUCCAGACACGCAACAGGCUGAGCCUGGCCCUCAGCGGCAGCGGCCACUGUGCCAUGGAGGCCGCCCUCUUCAACCUGCUGGAGCGAGGUGACACCGUGCUGGUGGCCAUCAAUGGCAUCUGGGGACAGCGUGCUGCCGAGAUUGCCAGGAGAGUGGGAGCCAAUGUCUGCGAGCUGCUGAAGCCCCCAGGCAAGUACUUCACUCCACAAGACAUUGAGCAGGGCCUGGUGCAGCACAAACCUUUGGUGCUCUUCAUCACCCAUGGCGAGUCCUCCACGGGGGUGCUGCAGCCACUGGAGGGGCUGGGCGAGCUGUGCCACCGGCAUGGCUGCCUGCUGCUGGUGGACGCAGUGGCAUCGCUUGGGGGAGCCCCCAUCUUCAUGGACCAGCAGGAGAUCGAUGUCCUGUACUCGGGGUCCCAGAAAGUCCUGAACGCCCCUGGCAGUGCCCCCAUCUCAUUCAGUGAGAGAGCCAGGGACAAGCUGCUGAGGAGGAAGACAAAGCCUCCAUCCUUCUAUCUGGACAUGGGCUGCUUGGCAAACUACUGGGGCUGUGACGGGGAGCCGCGGAGGUACCACCACACAGCGCCCAUCAACAGCUUCUUCAGCCUGCGGGAGGGCCUGGCCCUGCUGGCAGAACGGGGUCUGGAGAGCUCCUGGGAGCGACACCGGGCCAACUGCAGCCUGCUGUGCCAGGGGCUGCUCGACAUGGGGCUGGAGCUGUUUGUGGAGGAGGAGCAGGCCAGGCUGCCCACCAUCACCACCGUCAGGGUGCCCGAGGGCUACAGCUGGAAGGACAUCACGGCUUUCCUGAUGGACAAGCACGGCGUGGAGAUCGCUGGGGGCCUGGGCCCCACGGCGGGCAAGGUCCUGCGCAUCGGCCUCAUGGGCUGCAACUCAACCAGGGACAGCGUGGAGCGAGUGCUGGGAGCCCUGCGGGACGCCCUCCAGCGCUGCCCCCGCAGCCGGCUGUGAGCCCCCGGGCACUGCCUGGCAUGCCUGGCACCAGAGGGACUCACUGCCUCCCUGGGAGGCUGGCAGGAGCCACAUCCAGC